CGGACACGGAAGCUCGGUGUGUGGUUUUCUGACUCUUACAAAUUUUUCAUUUUGCUGCCGUCAUGUCACAAUUUAUUGUAGAUAAUUCAGAAAUGAAAAUUUUACAUUUAAUGUAAUUUAUUGAAUUUGUUAUUUCCACGCUUAAUGUCGUGACCUGCGGACUAUAGCGGGCGUUACUUUACAUGACAUUUAGCAAAACCGUGGAGCUUUUCGAAAGUUCUGAGGACCGCGGUUCAAUCCCCGGCCUUGCCUGUGUGGAGUUUGCAUGUUCUCCCGUGUCUGCGUGGGUUUUCUCCUGGCACUCCCGUUUCCUCCCACAUCCCAAAAACAUGCGUGACCUCCUCCUCAAUGGCGGCUUUGCUGUGGUCCAAGCUCUCCGCAGUUCUUCCUCCAGAUGAGGACCACUUCCCGCUGCACUUCAGCCACACGGUGGAGGCAAGCGUGAUGGAAAUGCUGAAAAGAUCCAGACGUCAACUGUACACCGGCGCCCCCGCCACCGGCCGCCUGCUCAACGCUCAGAUUGUCCUGGACGUCUCAUGGGAGAAGCUCAACAUGGGAACGUGGCGCCACGUGGACAAGGAUUGGCGCCGCGUAUACUCGUACGGGUGCCUCUUUAAGGUGUGCGCCCUGUGUGGAGAGGAGCCCUCGGAGGAGGACCUGCUGCAGGCCAUCCGCACCUGUGACAUGGGCUUGCUCAUGGGCGCCGCCAUUAUGGAUGAUCGACUGCAAGUUCUGGUCCGGAUUCUGCAAAAAGAAGUCAGGAAAGACACCGGAAAUGAGGACGAGAGAGAGCAUACAGAGGCCAAGAUGAUCAAAUUGGCAGUCCCCGAUGUUCCGCAGACCCGAGAAGAUCUGGAAAUUCACAGGGUGAAAUGUCCGUCUCUGGAGAGCUUCAAGAAGAGCUACCUGCUCCCCCACAAAUCGGUCAUCUUGGAGGAGACCAUUGAUCACUGGCCAGCCCUCAACCAGCACCCUUGGAGCUUAGAAUACUUGAGGUCGGUGGCAGGAUGUCGCACCGUCCCCGUGGAGGUGGGCUCCAGGUACACGGACGAGGAGUGGUCCCAGACGCUGAUGACACUCAAUGCAUUCAUCGACCGCUAUAUUUUUAAACGUAGUGACAACUCGCAGGAUGGGGCGACGCCUAUCUGCGGCUAUCUGGCUCAGCAUCAGCUGUUUGAGCAGAUACCGGAGUUGAAGGACGACAUCCGCCUGCCUGAUUACUGCUGCCUGGGUGACGGCGACGAGGACGACGUGACCGUCAACGCUUGGUUUGGGCCUGCCGGCACCGUGUCGCCCCUCCACCAAGACCCCCAGCACAACUUCCUGGCGCAGGUGGUGGGACGCAAAUACAUCCGCUUGUACUCGCCUGAAGACUCUGACAAGCUUUACCCGCACCCGUCUGAACUCCUCCACAAUACCAGCCAGGUGGAGGUGGAGAACCCCGACAUGGAGCGCUUCCCGGAGUUCUCCAAGGCUCCGUACCGGGAAUGCGUGCUGCGGCCCGGAGAUGUGCUCUUCAUCCCGGUCCAGCACUGGCAUUACGUGCGCUCACUGGAGCAAAGUUUUUCUGUCAGCUUCUGGUGGUCCUGAUUUGGCGAAACGAAAUAAAUGAAAAGAUCUCAGGUCAUACAGUAGCUAUUCCAGCGCCCCCGUGGAGGCGACGUCCACGUCGUGCAUGCGCUCGGCCACGAAGAAACAGAGCGUGCCGCUGAAGCCCAGCACCACCAUGAGAAGGAGCUGCCACGUUAGCAGCGUGUCGCCGCUGUAGAAAAACGCCACGGCUGCAAAAAUCGACUGAACAACACAGGAGCAAAGACAAAACUGUUAUUAAACAGUGAACUUGAGACCUUUUAACGUUAUUUUUCACUCAUUUAUACAACUAAAUAUUAUUGCAGCGAUUCAUCAGGAAGCAAAAUCUUCCAGGAAUUUGUCAGUUUAUACUGUAAAUGUUUGAGUUUGUCAAGAAAAAUGCAACAGAUGUGAAGCAGUUCUCCCAAAUAGCACUUAAACAACUAAAUAUUACUUACAUUAUACACAGGAACGCAAAAAUACUUUUUUAGCUUAUAGAGUAUGUCAAGAAAAAUGCAACAGAUGUGAAGCAGUUCUCCCAAAUAGCACUUAAACAACUAAAUAUUACUUACAUUAUACACAGGAACGCAAAAAUAAUUUUUUAGCUUAUAGAGUAUGUCAAGAAAAAUGCAACACAGAUGUGAAGCAGCAGUCCAGGAGAAUAAGGUGUGCGCACGUGUGAUCGGUCACCUGUAUGAAUUUGAAGAUGGCGAAGGCGGGCGUGCUUUGCUCGGCGUAGACGGAGCCCAGGAUGCUGUAGAGCUGCGUGUUGAAGCAGCUGUCUCCCAGGCCCAGCAGGAAGCUGCACAGCAGGGCGACGGACACGCUGCAAGGGCACCGCACCCCACGGGAUUUUAGCACGCUGAUGUGGAGUUAACUCAUCGUGCUCGCGUCGUACCGAGCGGGCCGGCGCCCGCGCUUCCUGUUCUACGGUUAUUGUCAAACUUUGUCGUCAUUGCUCUCUUGGCGCAUAGAUCAAGCCCAAAAAGAAAAAGAAAAAAACGCACAUGGCAACGCAUUCAACUUUGGAGGUACUGCUGCGUCAUGUAUCCAUUUAUCUCUCUCUCCUUCGAUCCUGUCAGUUCUAUCUAGUUACUGUAUCUAUCCAUCUGUCUAGUUAUCUGCCCAUCCAUCUAUCUACCUUUUGAAUUUUUCCAUAUAUCUGGUUGUCAUUUAUUAAAGAUGAAGAUUGACUGAUUCUGCUGUAUCUAUCGUCCAUAUAUAGCUUUCGAUCCAUUAUAUCGGUCCAUCGAGUGUGUCAGUC